GCCUGGCUGUCCGGUAAAUUUGGGGUUAUUGAACGAUGUAUCUAUCUUUCUCUGCAUAUCAUUUUCAAUUGAGAAGGUAUUCAUGGCGCAUCACGUCCUUUCUGAUGGAAAGCAUGUGAUUUGGUCUGCUUAGGCAUCAACUCUCGGGAUGUUUCCUUCUCAAUCUCCUUGACAUACCACCUUUCCCGGGUCUGAAGAUACCCAGAGUGCAAUGCUCGAUUGUCUGAGCCAAUGUCAGAAGCUAUGAAUGUGGACGCGACCUUGUCGACGUACCACUUCAGACGGGCAUCGACACUCUAGAUACUCUUCUCGAAGACUCAAGAAUACGCUUUUGGCUGAUCAACAAAUGACACUCCGAGACUCCGACUUUAUUAGUUAAUCCAACUGGGAUUGCUUACCAUAUUACUGUGGGCAUGCAGGUGCAGUGUUGCACUUUGAGCAAAGUCGGAGUUGAUCUCAACCCCGAGGUCGGCGUGUCGGUACAUCGGAGCGCCGACUUGGAACCAUCGCCGCUGGAGGCGAUCACCAUACGAAUACAUCCCAGAUAUUGUUCUCAUAUAACUGUUCUACUUCAUCUAAAACGGUCUCCUCGAAGCUGCAGCUCAUUGCACUUCGAUCAAUAUGACCACUAUCAGGAAAGUUGCGAUCCUUGGGGUCACGAAGUCACCGCCAUCCAGCGAAAAGAUUCAACAAAGCCUACUCCCGAAGGUCUCAAGACCACAAAAGUCGACUACCAGAACGAAGACGAACUUAUUUCUACAUUCACCGGCCAGGACGUUGUCAUCAGCGCCGUCCCCUUCCCCCAACUCAACUCCGAAAAGAUCAUCAUCGACGCCUGCAUCGCCGCCUCCGUCAAACGCUUCAUCCCAUCCGAAUACACCACGAUGAUGGAAUCCCCUCUAACCAUCAAUCUCCCAAUCGCCAAAGAGAAGGUUCUGAUCCGGCAGUACCUGAACUCUGUCAUUCCUGACACCUCUUCACCCACCACCUGGACCUCUAUCAACAAUGGCGCUUUCUUCGACAUGGCCCUCAAGUACGGCGUCUUGGGACCUAAUCCCAUAACCAAGGAAGCUGUCUUCCACGAUGGUGGCGAUAAGGAGAUUGCUGUUUCGCUGUUGAAUGAUAUUGCAACUGCUAUCGUUAAGCUGCUGGAGCCUACGAAGUUCGAGGCUGCGGCUAAUCAGCCGGUUUAUAUUUGCUCGGCUGUGAUUACGGAGCGGAGAUUGACUAAGAUGGUUUCUGAGAUCUUGGGUAUUGACUUUGGAACGCCGGAAGAUGUUGAUGUUAAGAAGCUUAUUGAGGAGUCUGAUGAGAGGUUGAAGAGGGGUGAUAUGGCGGCUGUUAUUGAUCACUAUUUUCAGAUGAUGUAUGGGGAGGGGUAUAUGGGUGGGGAGUUUAUGCGCUUUAAUUGGAAUGAGAGGCUGGGGUUGAGGAUCAUGGAUGAGGAGGAGGUUAGGGGUGCAGUGAGGGAGAUUUUAGGGGCUUAGGGGUGUUGCUCGUUUGCUUUGGCUUUUCGAAUUCAGAUUAUAGAGGAUUUCAUAGAACACUGUUAAUUUGUCUGAUGGAACACGAUUGGGUAACACGGGUGAUUGCAUUCAUUGACAGACUUUAGGCAUUCAUUAUCUGCUAAUUUAUAGUAUUGUUGCAGUACAGUUGCAGACUUGUGGUACAAUUAUCGAGAGUCAGCAAUAGGUAGUGAUAGUUGAUGUAUGUAGGAAGAUCGUG